UCUGCUAAUUUUUGUUUAUUUUUCAAAACACUGUAUAUAGUUUUACUUUAAUUAUGUCGCGUAUCGUGUAUAGAAACAAAUUCCUCACGGGCUCGAAGUUCUUCGGACUGUCAAAUGAGUUGGGAAUGCAGGAACACGGAGUUUAUGAAUUUCCGAAUGGCACCCGGUACACUGGGAACUUUUGUAAUGGUCGUUUUCAUGGCUCUGGCGUAAUGGAGAUCCCUCAGCCAAUUGGCGUGAUCUUUCGUGUUGCUCACGAUCAUGGGAACUUAACACAGAUACGACAGAUGUGCUUCGACGAUGGGCUGGAGGUCCAUAUGGAUAUUAAGAAGAACAAACUCAAUGAUUCAGAGAAAAUGACAUUUGAGAACUGGGAUUAUUGUAAAGAUGGAGAACGUCGCUUUUACAGCGAGACUCUGGAUAAUCUGGAGCCCGUGGGUCCAUUGCAAUACAAGACCAAGGAGGGCCCAAUAGCGCCUAGGCUGGCUGCUAACAUAUUUGAUUUGGGUUUUGGUCGUUUAAAUAAAUAUGGCUUUUUAUUGGACAUCCCGGGCCAUAUAUCAGAGACCAACCAUUGCUAUAUCGGCUGCCAUUGUAUACGCCAAUGGAUACGGGAAAAUUGUCGCCACGGUCCUUUGGUGGACGAGCACAUAAAGCAGAAGUUUAAAGGCAAAUGGGCACGCGAGAUAAUACGGAACAAUCUGGAGGCGACGAAGGAAAAUUCUCAGGAGGAUAAGCCGGACGCGGGAUGCAAGCAAUUUACGCUCAAGCCAAAUGUUCAUUCGCGUCUCUGUCGUCGCACACUAAGCGAGAUCAGCAGCUCGUCAGCCAAGAAGACGCGUCUGGCAUUGGGAAGUACCUCGGACAGCGCUACUUCCUUCUUGGAAAUAAAGCCAAUGCCUUCGGCUCAAUCCCAGAUAAGACUGCAGACAUUAACCCCUGUCCAAUCCAAGGGUCGCCUCGGCCAACAGAGCAGGAGCAGCAUAUGCCACAUAAAUUGAAAACACUUCCAUGUUUCAUCUUUAUGAAAUGAGAUUAAAUUCCAGUGGGUGCUGUAGCUAUAGAUAGCAGUAUAGAUCGUUUGAUUAAACAGUGUUCAGACUAUCAAUUCUACUAUAGAUAUUGCUAUUGAAUAUGAAAAAUAUUAAAAUUACUAACGACUA